AUGGCGAAACUUCUUCACUUGACUGUUGUGCUACUUUUAUUGACAGUUGCUAUAAUUCAAGGUAAUGCCUGUCUAAUACAAAUACGCCUCACAAAGCCCGGCCAACGUAUUUGCGAAUUACGCUGUCGCCAAAGCGGUGAAAUCCCGCCUUUGAAUUGCUAUACCGCGACGCGUGUUUAUCGAGCUGUUGUUUGUCCAAGGCAUUGCUGUCGACUGGAAGGCAACAGAUGCAGAAGACUUUGA